UUGGUUCGCCAGUGUACUUGGUACUUGGUAGUCAGACGUCAGUUGCAGUUUGCCGGGUCACGCGCACGCCUGCGCCGCAUCGCCGUCCGGUCGAACAAUCGCUUUUCGUUUGAAUAUAAUAUUUAUAUUGUACAUCACACUGAUUUGCUAUCGUUUCGUUUUCUACACAAUACAAACAGACAAUCUGGUCGCAUAUUUAGCGAUUUCGUAGUCAAAAAUCCUACCUAUACUCUAUAGUACAAUAAUUUAUAUUAUGCAUACUUUUCCCGCCGGACGGUAACGUAAUAAUAAUAUUGUUAUCCGCAACUUCCCGCGCCGAGCAUUUUCCCUCAACACACUUUGUCAGUCGAGAUGGGUGACUGCGGCGAUGCUGAGGACGAGUUUGAAGACGCUCUGGAGGUGAUUCCGGCGCACUGUAAAAUGGACUUGAAUACGGCUUUAUCGGAUUCAAAAAUUGCUAUACAUUUGUUUUUUAACAAUAAAUUUGACGAGGCUCAACAUAUAUUGGAACCAUGGGUUGGAACGAGCAUGUAUCACACCAUUGGGAGAUCAAUUUUUCUGUUUCUAGAAGCUUUACUCACAUUUGAACAGGCGAGCAUACAGAAAGCGUCCGCGGCGCUGAAAUCCAGUAUCCGUUUGUGCAAUUCGUAUCGCAGAAAAACCACUCUGACGCAGUCCAUUGGGAACAUAAUGAAAAAGCCUAACUACGACUCGUACACGCCGGACGAGUUGCACGCCGAACUGUGUUUUGCAGAAGCGCUGUUACUCAAAGCGCUGUUGACAUUCAUCGAGGAUGAGACGUUAGUCAGUUUCAUCCGCGCUGGCAUUAAAAUACGAUCUUGCUACAAUUCGUACAAAGAAUGUAAUGUCAUACUUACCUCGCGCGAGUGGUCCGAAAACGAGAAGUCUUACAAAGAGCAUUUCGAGAGCGGAGUGCGCCUAGGUAUUGGGGCUUUUAAUCUGAUGAUUUCGUUACUGCCAUCGAAAAUAAUCAAACUACUGGAAUUCAUCGGGUUUUCCGGGAGCAAAGAACAGGGCCUUGGCGAACUUGAAUUGUGUUACCAGGUGCCACAUGGACUGCGGCACGUCCUGUGCGUGCUAACCAUGCUCACAUACCACCUGGUCGUGGUGUACGUUUUCAGUCAGGAGGAGGGUGAUUUGGAGUUUUGCGACGCAGCGCUGCGCCAACAGCUGACGCUGUAUCCCAACGGCGCGUGGUUCUUGUACUUUAAAGGACGCCUGGAGUUUAUGCGCGGUGACGUAGACGACGCGAUCAAGUGGUACACGGCUUCGGUGGAGUCCCAAGACUCGUGGCCGCAAUUCCAUCACAUAUGCUACUGGGAACUUUGCUGGGCCAAUUGCGUUGCCUUAAACUGGAAACGGGCAGAAACGUACGCGGCCAAAUUGGCCGAGCAGAGCAAGUGGUCACGCACUACAUACAACUACCAGCGCGCAUGCAUUAUGCUCAUGCGAGGAUACAAUUGUCUUUCCCGCGAUGAGCUCAAUACGGUCAACCAGCUAAUGGCCGACGUGCCCAAAUACAAACAGAGGAUUGCGGGAAAAUCGUUACCAAUGGAAAAAUUUGCCGUGAAGAGAUCUCAAAGGUUUACCAAUCAGAAUAACCGGCUGUUCAUGCCCGCCAUUGAAUUGCUGUACUUGUGGAACUUGUUCAACGUGUUCGGAAAACGAAAGUCAUUGUGCGACAAUUUGUACAGGCUCAUUGACAGAAACACAAAGGAUCUUGAAAAAAAUCCUGGGCAAUAUGGCAGCGAAUACGAGUAUGACAACAAGGCACUCGGGUGUCUGCUGAAAGGAGUGUGCCUGCGUAUUAUGAACAGCCCGCUGCAUGCAGAAGAGUGUCUCAAGUCCGUCGUGUCGAUGGAGAAAAAAAUCAAAGAGGACCGUUUCCUGGUGCCAUACGCGCACGUGGAGCUGGCAUUUUUGUACAAAUCCAAAGGCAACCUGGAUAAGGCGGCGUAUUACCUCGAAACGGCAAAAAAAAAUUACUCUGGUUAUUCGCUGGAGACGAGACUGCAUUUUCAAAUCCAUUGUGCUUGGGCCACGUUGAACGAGCGCAAAGCCAAAACUACAACGGACCUCAACGAUCUCGCGCCCGACAGUCAAUUCGAUGACAACCAAUGAGAAAACCAUAAUAUUACAUCUACCCUAUAUGAUUAUUAUUGUUAUUGUUGAACAUCAUCAUUCUCGGCUGAAAGUUCAUAUUUUAGUUGCGUUACGUUGUGCGAUAUAAUAUUAUAAUAUUACUGAUA